CACCACAACCCUAUGAUACAUUUAAGCGUCCACAAUACAUGCAAUAGGGGAUAAGGAUUCAUUUUUUAACAAUGCUACCAUUAUCACUUUUAAAAACGGCUCAAAGUCACCCGAUGCUAGUCGAGUUAAAGAACGGCGAGACAUACAAUGGACAUUUAGUUAGUUGUGACUCAUGGAUGAAUAUAAAUUUACGGGACGUAAUUUGCACAUCAAAGGAUGGUGACCGGUUUUGGCGCAUGCCCGAAUGUUAUAUUCGAGGCAGUACGAUCAAAUAUUUGCGUAUUCCUGAUGAGGUAAUUGAUAUGGUGAAGGAAGAUUCCCAGGCGAAAUCACGGAACCGCAUUGAAAUGAGUAAAAAUCGUAAUGGUAGUGGAAAUUUGCCGCAGAACCCAAAUCAACGCGUGGGUCGUGGUGGAGCUAGGAAUAACAUUGGAAGUCGUAAUAAUCUAGGAAAUCGUCAACUUAUACAAGGCAGCAAAAAUAGGAAGUAACUAAUAAAAUAGUUUGCUAAAAGUAGAUGAAUUAAAAUACCCUUGAUUUAAUAAAAA